UAUCGGCAGAGGUCGCAUGGCAGAGGGAAGUCUAACCACUUCUGUACUGGAACCAAUGCAAGAAUAUGCUGCUCCAUAACAAAGCCUGUAUGGAGUGCUGAUAGCAGUGGAGGAAGCACCAGAGGACGUCUGUGGGACUGUUUGAAUUGUUUUAAGUCGUGAAAAAAAAAUACAACCUCACAAAACAGGAUUUAAGUUGGAGCUUUGCAUUGUUUGGCCAACACGUGCGUACCACCAAUGAAUUUGCACUAUCCGUUUAGAGUGAGUGAGUGAGUCUGUUACGCAUCCUGGCUCUGAAGGAGGACUGCGCAUCAGCAGAUUUGUUGCCGAAGUACGAAUCUGAAGAACACAGUUCACCGAGAAAAACUCCUGCACUUGUUUUUUCUUUCCAGUUUAUCAUUAUUAUAUUUUUAUUUUUUUUUAGUAUUUAUAUUUACUACCAUUUCCUCCAGCUUUGGCGCCGUAUAUAACCAAACAGUCAGUGAAACACGCCGAAAGUGAUUUCAUGCCUUCAGUCUCGCUCAGCCUGAGAUGGACGUGAGAUUUUAUCCUGCGCCCCCGGCAAAUGUGGGUUCUUGCUCCCUGCCGACUGAUCCAAGUUGCCUGAACUCCUUGGACUAUUACCACUCGAACAAGGCCCAGUACAGUGUUAGGCUUCGCACUGCCCCCCCUUCAGGCAUCAACCCAUCUAGGAAAAGACUGGCCAUUGCUAUGUUUGAUGCUGACAACAUGUACAUGAAUGACAGCAACCAAGAGUUUCGGUCUCCAAAUCAGAGCUACUCCAGUCAGGGUCGAGGAAGCAGUGGUGGAGGUGGAGGAGGAGGGGGAGGAGGGGGCACAGGGGAUGAAGACUACGAGAUUCCCCCCAUCACGCCUCCAAACCACGUUGACCCUUCCCUGCUUCACCUCACAGAGCACGAUUCGGGUUACCCCUUCCACUCACUGCCUCACAAUGGCUUGCUCAACACCUACUCCUAUCCCGAGCUGCCCGCUCUGAUGAUGUCCAACAUGCUGGGUCAGGACACUCACCUCCUCUCUGGGCCUAUCCACUCGAUAAGCAACGAGAAAAGGGCUGCAGCAGAAAUGAUGAAGCCUAAACCCAAACCUCAGAAGAAGAAAAAGAAGAAGGACCCAAAUGAACCACAGAAGCCUGUGUCUGCAUAUGCACUCUUCUUCAGAGACACCCAAGCUGCCAUCAAAGGCCAAAAUCCCAAUGCCACUUUUGGUGAUGUGUCCAAGAUUGUGGCCUCCAUGUGGGACAGCCUUGGCGAGGAACAGAAGCAGGGCUACAAGAGGAAAACCGAGGCAGCUAAGAAAGAAUACCUGAAAGCGUUGGCUGCGUACCGAGCCAGUCUGGUUUCCAAGACAUACAAUGAUCCAGAACCAAAAAGUGCCCAACAGACCAGCCAACCCUCUCACCUGCUGCCCCCCAAACAGCCCCUGUACAGCGUGCCCCCUCAGUCCUCCUCCCCCUACCUGGGCCCUCCAGGCUCCUUCCCACUCUCUGAACUCCAGAGUUAUGGAGGGCCGCCGCGCCACACCCUGGGCCAGGCCCUCAGUCAGUCCCAGAUGCUCCCACCCAGCAUGAGUGCCUCUCCCCCAGCCCCCUUCCAGAUCAGCCCGCCUCUGCACCCGCACGCUCAGCUCUCUUUGCAUCUGAAUCAGCCAAUCCGCAUGCAGCAGUCACAGCAAAUCAUCUCUCACCAAAUGGGGCUCCAGGCAUCUCUGCAUUCCCCUCCGCUCAACCAACAGGGAUUCUCCCAUCUUCAGGCUGAUUACCAGAACAGCGUUGGCGGCUCUCAGUCUCCAGGAGCGCCCAAUCCAGUGCACGGCCAAAACCCCGACUGGGAAGGCGAGUACUGCAACAGAGACUGUGGACCCAACCACUGCGGCAGCGGCAUGGGAGCCCGGGACAAGCCUCUCUACCUCACUUGAAGUUAUAUGACCUCCUCAUGUCAGACUCCAGAGAGCUUUCUAACAUAACAACAACAUCAUUGAUGUAUCUGUUUUUUCACCAUUUUUCAUUUUUUGUUUUUUUUGCGGGGGGGUGGGGUGGGGGGGUGUUAUUUUAUUCUUCUGAUGGAUUUUGAAAAUCCCAAAGACUGCUACAGCACCACCUUUUUGCCAAGCACUUAAAUCAGCCACAAGCCUGAGGCACUGCCUUUGCUUUCUCUUUUCCUCUUUUUUUUCUUUCUCCUGGUCUGUGAACAAUGUUUUUGAGGUGAUGGCGAGCUUUAAGCUCACAUUGGCAUACUGGAAAUGAGGGCCUAAAAUGUCCUCUCAUAUUGCUUUGAUUUUUUUUUUUUCUUUUUGUUGAGAGAUCUCUUUUCUUCUCACUCAAUUGCUCUGUGUUUGCCACAAACUAUCCUUAUUAGGAAGAUGUGAAAUGCUUAAAGCAUUCUCAAAGGUAGAAAAUCUAAUGCGGGAAACUAGAUUAUUGACGCUCAUCGGGGAGGGGGGGUUUACUUCAGGACAUUAUGAAACAACUCCAUCUGAAGGCAAAGCAAUGAAGGUGUUUCCGAGAAUACAUAAACUCUUUGUAAAGCAUCAUUCCUCUUACUGAAGAACUUCAUAUUUUCCUUUAUCACGGAGUGAUUGUAAAUAUCACCAAAAUGGAUCCCUCUUCUCUGUGUAUUGAGCUGGAGUCCCUCUGCUUUUUUUUUUUUUUAACUCUCUUUUGUUUGGUUAAGUGAUUUUCUUUUUGCCGUGCAGACGGGUUCAGUGAAGGGCCACACACAUUAAAGCUGAAGUUUAACGCUGUGUUCAUGUCUCUCCAAAAAAAAAAAAAGGACGCAGGAAAUUUAAAGGCUGCAAACUGUUCAGGGUCCUCCUCAGCCGGGCAGAGCUCCUACACGGACAUCGCUCCUCUUGUUUAUCCUCGGGACAUUAUGCAGGGGUCACUGAUUGAACCUUUUAGCUCCUCCUACUCAUGUCAAUACGGACGCCCCCUUUUGCCUAUAGCUCCGCCUUCCAUCCUUUUAGUCUCAUCACUUGUACAGGUGAAUAAAAAAAUAUGUUGCUAAAUGUGAAAUGUUACUAAAGAAAAAAAAAAAACAUAACAGUGGGUUUUCAAGUUUUUGACUAGUUUCUUAGGUGUUUUAGAAUUGUGUUAAACUUUUCCAUCUUUAUCUUUUUUUUUUUUUUGCGUGCAAAACAUUUUCAAGAUAUCUCAUUUUUAUGUCCAUUGUUGCAGGGUUUACCGAGGGUCGUAGAUUUCAAUCCGGUGUACAAGCCUGCCUCUUUAAUUUGCAGAAUCGUUGCUGAAAAAACCCUUGUUUGUUUUGUCAGAUAUCAUGUUUUACAAUUUGGUCAUUUUAUUUAAUUAUUUGCAGGUUUUACAUCUAUUUAAGGAUGAAAUGAAGUAAAAAUUUGGCUUGUUUGCAUCAGGUUGCAUUAUUAUUAUUACUAUUAUUAUUAUUAUUAUUAUUGAACCAACACCUUUAUUUUUAGAAUAAUAAAUAUUUUCAGAAUUUGUUGUUGGUGCAUCUUU